CAUCUGUCAAAUAAAUGGUAGUUGGAUCGGGUGGUAAAUUAAAUGGAGUUGUUUGUUUUUUAUUUAAAUCAAAGCGUCAUUUAAAUCAAAAUUUAUACUAAUAAAUAGUGAUACAAGCCACAAAUUCAUCAUGCCGAAUGAAAUGAUAACGCUACAGCUGGGCCAAUGCGGUAACCAGAUUGGCUUUGAAUUUUGGAAGCAGCUAUGCAUAGAGCACGGGAUAUCACCGGAAGGCAUCCUGGAGGAGUACGCGACGGCGGGCCUGGACCGAAAGGAUGUGUUCUUCUACCAGGCUGAUGAUGACCACUACAUACCCAGAGCUGUGCUAUUGGAUCUGGAGCCUAGAGUUAUACACACUAUUAUGAACUCGCCAUAUGCCAAGUUAUACAACCCUGAGAAUGUAUACCUGUCAAAACAUGGUGGAGGUGCCGGCAACAACUGGGCUUCAGGGUAUGCACAGGGAGACAAAUUGAACGAGGAAGUGUUUGACAUUAUCAACAGGGAGGCUGAUGGCAGUGAUAAUUUGGAGGGUUUUGUGGUGUGCCACUCAAUAGCCGGCGGCACAGGCUCGGGCAUGGGCUCCUACAUCCUGGAGCACCUCUCCGACCGGUUCCCCAAGAAGCUGGUGCAGACAUACAGUGUCUUCCCUAAUUUAGAUGAAAUCAGUGACGUUGUCGUACAGCCGUACAACUCCCUCCUCACCCUGAAGCGCUUGACAGAGAGCGCGGACUGCGUCAUGGUUCUCGACAACACCGCGCUCAACAGAAUCGCCAGCGACCGCCUGCACAUCCCCAACCCCUCCUUCACGCAGAUCAACACACUCGUGUCUACCAUCAUGUCGGCCAGCACCGCCACGCUCAGGUACCCCUCAUACAUGAACAACGACCUGAUCAGCUUGGUGGCGCCACUGAUCCCCACCCCGCGGCUCCAUUUCCUCAUGACUGGGUACACACCGCUCACCGCUGACCAUUUGGUGCAUGUACAGGCGCCAAAGAUCCGCAAGACCACGGUGCUGGACGUGAUGCAGCGGCUCCUCCAGCCCAAGAACAUGAUGGUCUCCCUCAGUCCGGACCGCGCCAACCAACACUGUUACAUUUCCAUCCUCAACAUCAUACAGGGCGAAGUAGACCCAUCGCAAGUGCACAAGUCCCUCCAGCGCAUCCGAGAGCGUAAACUAGCAAACUUCAUCCCGUGGGGCCCCGCGUCCAUACAAGUAGCGCUGUCGCGGCGCUCCCCGCACGUCACGUCGUCUCACAAGGUGUCGGGGCUGCUGCUCGCCAACCACACGAACAUCAGCUCGCUAUUCGACCGCUGCCUCCAGCAAUACGACAAGCUCCGCAAGCGCGAGGCCUUCAUCGACGUGUUCCGCAAGGAGCCCAUGUUCCGCGACUCGCUCGACGAGUUCGACGAGUCCCGCGCCGUGGUGGACUCGCUGGUGCGCGAGUACCACGCGGCCGCCACGCCCGACUACGUGCACUGGACGCCCGGUCAGUACCCUGACGUUCCAUGUUCCGCGACUCGCUCGACGAGUCCCGCGCCGUGGUGGACUCGCUGGUGCGCGAGUACCACGCGGCCGCCACGCCCGACUACGUGCACUGGACGCCCGGUCAGUACCCUGACGUUCCAUGUUCCGCGACUCGCUCGACGAGUCCCGCGCCGUGGUGGACUCGCUGGUGCGCGAGUACCACGCGGCCGCCACGCCCGACUACGUGCACUGGACGCCCGGUCAGUACCCUGACGUUCCAUGUUCCGCGACUCGCUCGACGAGUCCCGCGCCGUGGUGGACUCGCUGGUGCGCGAGUACCACGCGGCCGCCACGCCCGACUACGUGCACUGGACGCCCGGUCAGUACCCUGACGUUCCAUGUUCCGCGACUCGCUCGACGAGUCCCGCGCCGUGGUGGACUCGCUGGUGCGCGAGUACCACGCGGCCGCCACGCCCGACUACGUGCACUGGACGCCCGGUCAGUACCCUGACGUUCCAUGUUCCGCGACUCGCUCGACGAGUCCCGCGCCGUGGUGGACUCGCUGGUGCGCGAGUACCACGCGGCCGCCACGCCCGACUACGUGCACUGGACGCCCGGUCAGUACCCUGACGUUCCAUGUUCCGCGACUCGCUCGACGAGUCCCGCGCCGUGGUGGACUCGCUGGUGCGCGAGUACCACGCGGCCGCCACGCCCGACUACGUGCACUGGACGCCCGGUCAGUACCCUGACGUUCCAUGUUCCGCGACUCGCUCGACGAGUCCCGCGCCGUGGUGGACUCGCUGGUGCGCGAGUACCACGCGGCCGCCACGCCCGACUACGUGCACUGGACGCCCGGUCAGUACCCUGGCGUUCCAUGUUCCGCGACUCGCUCGACGAGUCCCGCGCCGUUGUGGACUCGCUGGUGCGCGAGUACCACGCGGCCGCCACGCCCGACUACGUGCACUGGACGCCCGGUCAGUACCCUGACGUUCCAUGUUCCGCGACUCGCUCGACGAGUCCCGCGCCGUGGUGGACUCGCUGGUGCGCGAGUACCACGCGGCCGCCACGCCCGACUACGUGCACUGGACGCCCGAGAGCAGUCAGCUAUAAUGCAAAGAUCUGCAGAAGCGCGAAGUUUCCAAAGGUGUAAAUGAAAGUAUUCAGACUCACAAAUCGCUAAUGAUCUAACCAGUGCCAUCGUACAUUUAUCUCAUUAACUCGAAUAACUAAAGACACUGUGAUUAAAUGCCAAUUGUUAGUAGCGACAGAAUUUUGAGGAUAACGUACUUGUAGUCUCGAAAUUUAACCUUUUGACCGCCUAAGACGUCAUAUGACGCGCGCGGCUGCAGCCCAAUAUCAACCUUCAUGCGUACCGACAAGGUUCACGAACGCGCCGCGUACGAUAGGCGUGGCGUUCAAAAGGUUAAGGUCUAGUCUGUACAGCCAGCCAGUGUUGUGUAACUGCCAUGUUAGAAUCUGUGUUUUUCUCAUAAAAACAGCUGUGCCGU